UAGCCUAUACACACACACCUCGACGAGUGUGACACACACAUGGUGUGUUGGGUGUGGCGGUAAAUAAUAGACGACGACAAAAGCUGCAAAGCCAAUAUAGUGUAAGGGUGUGUAUUGUUAUCUUCUUCGCUUAAUCAAUCGCAUGAAGAAUACAUCAUCAAAGACAGUCUUCCUAAAGUGGUACAUGUAUUUACAAGAGAACGUCUGUUGUAGAUGAAAACACUUGGCAAGAUACUACCACACACAACUGACAACUGUUGCGUGCCACCAACUGUUGAUGUAGAUAUUAAAUGGGUGAAUACUAAACGGUGAAAGGACUUUAAUUCCCAACGGCAGUGAUCGAUUUGGAUUCAACACACAACACCACUCCUCGCCUGUUUUGCAUGCACUACAACGUGUGAUCUCUCACCAAUCGUUACCUAGCAACGGAACGCUCCCAUCAUCCAUAGCCACAAUGAGGGGUCGUCAUAGCAACCAGACUACGAAUAACUGGCUUAUCCCCUGUUUUUUUCUAUUCGAUUGUAUUCUACUGGCAGCAAUAGUGGUAUUAUGGUAUUUCAUGCAAUGGCAGACGGCGACAUUCACAUUACACGAUGCCACGAUACCGUGUGCCGAUAUCGCCCACUACAGCUAUCCUGAGAGGGUCGAUAUCAUACCCGAAACUAUCGUUUUCGUCCUCGCGUUCGUUCUCCCGCCAAUUGUGGUGUUAUUUGGUGAGGCAGCGGUGGGUUUAUACAACCUUCAAGGCGGCAAAAAGCAACUCUUCAUGGAAAAAUCGGUCUCGACUUUUGGCAUGAAGCUCCACGCUCUCCUCAGGAGAACUGUCCGAUUUACAGGUAUCUUCUUGCUUGGUGCUUUUAUCACCUGGAUUCUUACUCGUGCGGGCCAGCUCAUCCUGAGCCACCCUGCUCCGGAUUUCUUCACCCGAUCAAGCUGCACACCGUGUUCGGACCCCACUGCUCUGACGUUCACACUCAGUGAUUGCCCCGCACCAGAGGAUGCCUUCAGGCAAUCUUUCCCGUCACUUUAUGCUUCACUCAGCACGUAUGCCUCAAUCUAUGUUGCUGUCUACGUCACAAAUUUGAUGAAGCUGAACUCGGCCCACACCCUUCGCCCUUUCGCUGGUCUCUGUUUCAUCGCCGUACCGUACUUACUGGGAAUGCAGCAGAUCGCAGCUCACAGAGCACAUUGGAGUGACGUCAUUGGAGGAUGGAUCCUAGGGGCUGUAGUGGCUUUUUAUCUGAUCUAUGGAGUCCUCGAUGCCUUCCUCGGCCCUCUCAUGUCCUCCACGGGCCCGGGGAUGGACAGCGACGUCGACGCUAACGAGGAUUACGUCAUCGAACACGACCACGCCCUUCGAAACGGCACCACCCUUGACAAGCCUAUGCAGAUGAACGGCCUGCGACACAGCCAGCGGGACCGUGACGGGUACAUGGACCGAGGAAUGGAGGUAAAUGGAAGCUUGUAUGGCCCUAGGGAUGCUAACGCUAUAAGUGGCAAACGGGUUCCUGACGGGAAAAGCAGGGGUGUAGACCAUUACGUUUACUAACAAAAAAAAAACAUACCGCAUAAAACCAUCUUGCUUUACUGUCCUAAUUCUGGCAUGGAGGGCGCCGAGUUUCACUCGCUUCGGACAAGCAUUCAGAUAUUGAAACUCGAUACUCCCCUUUUUCUGCUUAUUUAAAAAAAGAUUUAGCACAUUGGAAUAUUUAAAGUAAGAAAAUUCCUCUUUGCUUCAAUAGAUGAUUUCCACACCUGAAC